AUGCCUGGUCCAGGGAUCAGGUACGACGGGCUGAACGGAGUUACUAUCGCAAAGGCGAUUUUCUCCAGAAAAAAAAAAAAAAAAAGAGAGAGAACUCGCGUACCCGGCGAGGCAGACGCGCUCCUGUUCCAACCUGUGCUUUGUUUUCUCAGCGUUGUAGGUUCCAGCUCGAUUAUUGCCUACGCCGUCUUCCAAAACGCAGUGAGGUCCCCCGAGGUGCGUCCACUUUUCUACCUGAGCCUCUCUGACCUGUUUUUGGGAAUGUGCUGGCUGGCUGGGGCUCUGCUCUACAGCUCACCCACCUCCCAGCAGGACCUCAUCUGCUACAACCUGCAAGCAACGGGACAGAUAUUCUACGUGGCCUCUUUCCUCUACACUGUCAACUACACGUGGCACCUGUACAGGGACCUGAAGGUGAAGUACAACCAGAACCUCUUCAGGGUGCUCCCCCAGGCUGUAGAUUAUGCAAGUUGUGUUGGCCGAAUAGCAACGAUCUCGUCGAGCCUCAUCCCUUUCCUCCUCAUGGUGCCGGUGUUUUGCCUGGGCAACAGCAGCAAUUGCUACCAGAACUUCAGCCAGAAGCACGGCUGUCUCCUGAUGCACACGGAGGUCGCCGUGACCACCAACGAGCCGCAGACCCUGAGCGGCUCCGUCUGCCGCGCGAUGCAUUUCUACGGCAUCGGGGUCUUCCUCAUCUCCUUCCUCAUCAGCUUCGUGGCCAUUCUGGUGAUCCUCAGCCAGGCCCGAGGUCUGUACAAGAGGUUUGUGAACUCCACAGGGUUCCUGGGGGACCAGCAGUGGGCCAUGAUUAAGAUGGUGGAACAACGAGUGGUCUUUUACCCCAUUGUGUUCUUCUGCUGCUGGGCCCCAGCUGUCCUCCUUGGAAUGCUGAAGUUGACUGUUUCAACAACCAGCAAGAUCUACAUGGCCCUGCUGAUCCUGCAGGCUCUCACAGCAGCUUCCCAGGGGCUCCUGAACUGCCUGGUGUACGGAUGGACCCAGCACGUGUUCCUGUCCCUCAAACGCGGCGCCCGCCGGGACGUGGACACCCAGACCCCCCUCCUGCGCUCCCAGAAGAAGUUCUACUCCAGCACAGCCCCCACCAGCCCCCCAGACACUGAGGGCUCCACGUCCACGCUGCUCUGAAGUGUCCUGCCAACACCUCCUCGUGUUUUAGGAAUGUCAUCCAGACCCGGGAUGGGGCUGUCGGCUCCGAACUGUCCCAGCCGUGGGGAGGGAGGAGCCCAAGCAGGUCUGUCAGAGACACUCAGUGGAGAUAGUUAUUUAUUUUACAGGUCAUAUGGACUCUAAAUUAAUUCUUUCAACAUGGUAAAUCUCUAGUCCAGACUUUCUGCUUCUGGAAAUAUCCCUAGAAAUGCAGCAGAUGGUGUGUAACAGCUCAGAGGUCUCAUCCAGCUCCAGCAGAGGAUGUUUUACUUCUCCAAGUAUUUGUUUUAUUUCUUGAAGUAUUUGCCAUUGCAAAAUAACAGUAAAGCAAAGUGAAUAUUUUUCAUAUCUCUGACUUUGAAUUCACUAUAACCAUGAGAACAUGCACCAUACUAAGAGCCAACUGCAGGGAAUGAAGAACUGCAAAGCAGGAUAAAAACAUCAGUGCUCACUUCCAUGCCUGGAAUUCUGCACAUUUCCCUUCUGUUCUUCGUGCCAACCCCUGCUCAACCACAAUACUCACAAAAAUCAGCUUCUUCAACCCUGUGGAGCAUCAUGAACCAGGUGAGCAGGAUUAAAUCUGAAUGUCUCUCUACAUUUCCAGCUGCUCAAGUGAAUUAUUUACUGAGGUCCAUCCAUGAUACAGAAAAUAAAAAAAGAUCUUUAGCUGGGUUGAAAACAACUCCCUUAAUUUACACUCUUUAUUUUCUAACAGCUUCACUUUUUGAGUCUAACCCAAAUUUUUCACACAGCAGGUUAUACAAGAAGAGGAAAUACUCCAGUUUGUAUAAUUAACUUACACAACUGUGUAAACUGUGUGUCAGUCACACAAUGCCCCUGGUGUUUUCAUCAAUGACUGAUUUUCUCUUACAGAGUGAGGUUGAGCAAAACAAUUCAAUUUUGCUGUUCCAGAGGAUAAAAACCAGGUCCAGCUCCAACCCUGUGUUUGCAUCCAGAUCAGUUUUAAUGAGUCUUCUGCAGCUGGAGGCCGAGUCUAGUGCCUGAGUCCAGCUUUCCACUGCUGCUAUGGGAAGUCCCACACAGGGCAGUUUUAACUCCCAGCAGCUUUUGGGGUGUCUUCUUCCACCUGGGCCUUUAAAUCCUCCUCAGGAGCCCAUUUUCUAGUCUCAAAGUUCAGACAUAAUGUCCCCUUGGGAGUCACAAGUAAAUACAGGGAGGUUUUAUAUUCCAAAAUCUUUCUGCCUGAGGUGGAUUGUGUCAUUUACUCCCUGAGCACUGAUGAUACAGGACACUUCAUCCGGGCUGUUUCUGAACUGGGGGACAACUUUCCUUGGAAUGUCUGUCUCAUAGGCUCAGGAUUUGCAGGGGGAGGAUGGGACCCCCUCCCUGGCACAGCCCCCUCCCUUCAGGGGCACGAGGAAGCAGCACAUUAAACACCAUUAAACACCCCCCUCUCCUCCCUGAGAGGCUCCCUGGGCUGACCCCGCCUGGGGACAGCGUGACAGGCCAGUGCAAUUUGUUUAAAAGGGGAUUAAGGCUUCAGAAGUGGGAAGUGAUGGAAGAUUAUCUGGGAAACAAUGCCAGGAUUGCUCAUGGAGCUUCAGCUGUGGCAGUGAGAGCCCUCAGGGGGUGCUGACAGACCCUCACAAGCUCAACACAUCAAUCGGUUUGAGGGGAGUCUUCUUCCUGGACAGGGAAGGGCAUUCCUUGGGCCACACAUCCUCCUGGAAGUAGGGCAGAGUAGUUUUGUGCCACUUCUGGAGAGCACUCCCAGCUGGUUGGGCUGCCUUAAGUGCUCCCAGGAAAUUGUUCUCUCACUCCCUUUCCCAGUCUGGAUGCUCCAACCCAUCCAACCCACUAUUAAGGCCUCAAAGGCACCAAGCAGCUUGAUGUUACCUCUCACUGAGAAGAGGCCCUGGACACUCACAGCUGCCCCACCAUCCCUUCUCAGAGCCCUUCUCCUUCUCUGC